GUCAAGUAAACAACCCCGAAGUCAGUGAUCAGAAACCUGAAACUUCAAGCCUUGCUUCAAAUCUUACCAUGUCAGAGGAAAUUAUGACAUGCACCGAUUAUAUUCCUCGCUCAUCCAAUGAUUAUACCUCACAAAUGUAUUCUGCAAAACCUUAUGCACAUAUCCUCUCAGUUCCUGUUUCGGAAACUGCUUAUCCUGGGCAGACUCAGUACCAGACACUACAGCAGUCUCAACCGUAUGCUGUCUACCCUCAGGCAACCCAAACGUAUGGACUACCUCCUUUUGGUGCAUUGUGGCCAGGUAUGAAACCUGAAAGUGGUUUAAUUCAGACUCCAUCUCCAAGUCAACACAGUGUUCUUACCUGCACUACAGGGUUAACCACAAGCCAGCCAAGCCCAGCACAUUAUUCUUAUCCUAUUCAAGCUUCAAGCACAAAUGCCAGCCUGAUAUCCACUUCAUCUACAGUUGCCAAUAUUCCAGCAGCAGCAGUUUCCAGCAUCUCAAACCAGGACUAUCCCACCUAUACUAUCCUUGGUCAGAGUCAGUACCAGGCCUGCUACCCCAGCUCCAGCUUUGGAGUCACAGGCCAAACUAACAGUGAUGCUGAGAGUACCACGUUAGCAGCAACCACAUACCAAACAGAGAAGCCUAGUGUCAUGGUACCUACACCUGCAGCACAGAGACUUUCCUCUGGAGACCCUUCUACAAGCCCAUCUUUGUCCCAGACUACACCAAAUAAAGAUGCUGAUGACCAGUCCAGGAAAAACAUGACUGGCAAGAACCGGGGCAAGAGGAAAGCUGAUGCCAGCUCUUCCCAGGACAGUGAAUUAGAACGGGUAUUUCUGUGGGACUUGGAUGAAACUAUCAUCAUCUUCCACUCCCUUCUUACUGGAUCCUAUGCCCAGAAGUAUGGAAAGGACCCAACAGUAGUGAUUGGCUCAGGUUUGACUAUGGAAGAAAUGAUUUUUGAAGUGGCUGAUACACAUCUAUUUUUCAAUGACUUAGAGGAGUGUGACCAGGUGCAUGUGGAAGAUGUGGCUUCUGAUGACAAUGGCCAAGACUUGAGCAACUACAGUUUCUCAACAGAUGGUUUCAGUGGCUCAGGAGGCAGUGGCAGCCAUGGUUCCUCUGUGGGUGUCCAGGGAGGUGUGGACUGGAUGAGGAAACUGGCUUUCCGCUACCGGAAAGUGAGAGAAAUCUAUGAUAAGCAUAAAAGCAACGUGGGUGGCCUCCUCAGCCCACAGAGAAAGGAAGCACUGCAGAGACUAAGAGCAGAAAUCGAAGUUUUAACAGAUUCCUGGUUAGGAACUGCAUUAAAGUCCUUACUUCUCAUCCAGUCCAGAAAGAAUUGUGUGAAUGUUCUGAUCACUACAACCCAGCUGGUUCCAGCCCUGGCCAAGGUUCUCCUAUAUGGGCUUGGAGAAAUAUUUCCUAUUGAAAACAUCUAUAGUGCUACCAAAAUUGGUAAAGAGAGCUGCUUCGAGAGAAUUGUGUCAAGGUUUGGAAAGAAAGUCACAUAUGUAGUGAUUGGAGAUGGACGCGACGAAGAAAUUGCAGCGAAACAGCACAACAUGCCUUUCUGGAGGAUCACAAACCAUGGAGACCUAGUGUCCCUUCACCAGGCUUUGGAGCUUGAUUUUCUCUAAGAACUGAAAUGAAGAGCCUUCCCCACGAGCUCCUUUUCACUCCUGAAGGGAGCUGGAGACCGGAACCAACUGGGAUCUCUCUCUCCCGGCCACACCUUCCUCCCUCCCUCCCCUCCUCCUUCCCUCCCUCCAUCUUUCUCCAUGGAAUACUGGCGAGAACACAAUCAGAACCAACAGCUGCAAGGGACGAAGCUUCUUUUUGCUGAGAGUGAGCUGCAGCCCGUGUUCAUCUUCGUGCAGAAGCAGGAGACAGUUGGAUUGAGAGAACAGUAGACUCACUGCAGCUACAGUGCUUUUAAUUCUUCUGUUUUUUGUUUUGUUUGUUUUAUUUCAAAUAAUGAAGAAAAAGGAAAGGAAUUCUUGGGGGCAGAGUUGCACUCUUAGUCCGUGACCUAAUUGAGAACUGCUAUUAACUUGUGAUAGGAUAAAUGUGGCAAACUUGUAAUAACAUCUCUUGCAGUCUUUAUAAUCUUAGCUGUAGAGCACAUUCCCAGUGAAUGUAUAUGUAAUUUUUUAUAAGUAAGGGUCUGGUCUCUGAAGCAGGUUUUCCCUCCUUUCUUUUUUCUAGCAAGAAAGGGGUGUGUAAAGUUUCCUUGGAAAAUCGUAAUUGAAAUAUCUAAAAUACCUCUCUGACAAUAGCACCUCUUUAGCUGCUCCAGUGGUCUGCUCUCUAGGGUGGUUUCCCUCCUGUUCUUCCAUCUCCUAGUUUGCUGAACUGUGGGGCACUGGACACUGAUUAACUUCAGACUUUGCUAUUUCCCAUCCUAGAAGCCUUAGUCCCCUUUCCAAUCCCUCUUCCCCUUUAACCAAAUGGCACAAUCCUGGAAACUCCUUCCCUUGGACAGUAAAUGCUAAGUCUUCAGCUUGACUCUUUUAUGCAAAGACUAUCCCCAGGGGGCUUACCUCCAAACUGGAGAGAAGGACUAAGGCUUCUUGUGAAUUUCUGCUUCUUUGGCUCUUGAAACAGGAAGAUUCCACAUUUUCCUCCUACAGAGAAGCACUCUUCUCCCAACAGAUGCUCACCCCUACAGCCUUCUCUUCCUUCUUAGGCAUCAGUACUAGGCUCUUUCCUGCCCUCGAUACCUCACAGCCACCUCCAUUCAGCUCUGGCCAAUCCCUGGGCUUUCAGCCCAAGAAGUCAAAUCAAGUCUAAGAACAGGCUCAUAACUACAUUUUGGCCAAAACGACCAAUGUAGUUGACUUCUGUUGAAGCUCUUAAGCCCUAUGAAGGGUAUUCUGGGCAUAUAUUUACCCAGAUCUCGGCCUGAAACUGAAUAGGAGAGUGCUGUGGUCAGAACCCAAUUUUCCCAUGGUUCACCCUUCCCACUUAAAUCUCAUUCUAAAAUGGGAAGCCAGAAAGACUUUUUUUUUAAGGGCACUGGACCCCCUACUUCAUGCCUAGAAACUUAAUCCUGGGCCAAAUGCAGGAACAUCUCUCAGCCUGGCUUCUGGGAAGAUUGGUGGGUGCCAGGUGCCAGUCCCAGCCUUCCAGCCCAACUGUGUUUGUGGAUGUUCCCUGGAAGAUCAACCUGGGCAUGUGCUCAGGCUGGAUAAACUUCCCUAACACUGAGGAAGUUCAGCCUCUCCCAGGCUGCAGAGAAGGGUGAUUAUCUAAGCACCUCAGAGAGAUGUAGUCUGGGUCCUCGGGAGGAGGCAUCCUUGACCAACCCCAGCUGUAACUGUCCCCAGAAAUUCUGCAUAUCCUUGUCCUUUGCAGCACAAGAAGGCCAGACUCCUCCCAAGGCCGCUCAGUCAGACAGCAGUGAAAGCUGUUGUACACAUUCCUCCCAACGGAUUGAGAAACUGCUUCGGGACUCACAAUUUUAGGGAGCAGGUCUUUGGAGAGUUGCUGAAGUCAAUGCUCAUGACUUUGCUGUCUCUCUGGCCUUGUUUCCAUUGGCGGGGUGGGGGAGGGCUGGGGGUAUGUAGCCUGAAGCAGACCUCGCCUUGGUCUGAGUUUAACGCAGUUGCCCAGGUGCUGCUCUGCCUUGCUUGAUAAUUGAUCUUAGAAAUCUGUAGAAUGAAUGGGUCUUUUCUUCCAGGCCCCAAGCCCUCUGCCUGCCAGCAGUAUAACUGGUGGUUUCCUGCCCUGUCAGGGACAUAGACCACCCUGUUGGUGCUGUGCUUCAGAUUUGUGAGGCUGUGGAGUGGUACCCCCAUCGUGCACAAACGCCUCCCUUGCCCUGCCCUUUGGGAGAAGCUUUGUAUUCCUAGAAUAUGACUUGGACCCCUUUUUCAAUGGCCUUUUCCCUUUUGCCCUGACUGCCCAGCCUAGGUCUUUGUAGAAAGAACUUGAAAUUGGCCAAGAGAGGUGAGGAAGCUCUCCGAACAGAGCAGCCUUUGCUCUUCGGGUUCUUGCCGCCCUCACGUAGAAGGCAGGCAGAAGAUGGGACCUGGGUCCUCCUCGCCCCAGUGAAUUGUCCAGAGAACACAGUGUUCUUUUCCCCCAUGUUUUCCUCCUCCCCAGCACAAAGACCUGGAAAGGAAAAUAAGUGGGGUGCACCAAGAGCUCUUGGAAGCUCAGGGCCCAGGGACACGGGGGGUCCUUUUGUCAGGGGAGAAGCCCUCUUUACUAGAGUCCCCAUGAAUUUAGCCACAAGAUGAGUCCUUCCCCAAGCUGGGCACUGUGGUUCCGUGCGAUGGGCCUGCAUGUCUCGUGCGAGGACCAUCUCUUUCUAUGGGGGAUCUGGCGUUGUCAGGUGUCCUGGGUUUUCUUAAGAGGUGGCUUGACUUUCGAAUGUAAAACUGACUGUGCCUUAGCAUCACCCUGUCUGUCCAGUGCCCCUGGGGCAGCUGGUGGUGUCCAAGAGAAUGGAUGCCUGCUCCACAUUUAGAUUGUUUUUAUUUGGUUUGGGGUGUUCCUAUCUUCUGCUCUACAAGUUGGGGUGGGGGGGGCAAAGCUAGUAUCCCUGGAGACUUUUGCCACAGGUUGUUCGCAGUUUACACAAACUCAGCUUUAAAGCUCCCAGGUAGAAUCUGAUUGGCAAACUCCAGCCGCAGCAUGCGGAGUUUCUAGAUGGUCACUCCCUUGAAUGGGUGUCAGUGCCACAGAGCAUGGGGGAGAAGAGUAGAGGGGCAGAGCUGCACUCUUCCUCUUCCUGGGAGAGGGGUGGUCUAAGCCAGGGGGUGGUGAACUUGGGCGUUCUCCUCCUCCUCGCUCCUGCAGAAGUGGGCAAGUAGGGCUCCUCUCAAGCAAGCUUCUAUUUCUUACCACUAAAUUGGUUUCCUUUUUCAUCCAAAAGUUGGAAUUCCCUGGAUAGUCACACUCUACAAGCCAAAUCUGAAUUCUGAGAUUCUAAAAUAUCUUAAAACACAAGAGAAAAUCUAGUUCUGUCCCAUCCCUGAUCAGCAGGCCCUCCGUCCCUUCCUCUCUAAGUCAGACAGCUCCAGCAGGCAGGACUCACUGGCUAGUUCCUAAUGCACUGACGGGAGCCAUCCCAUUAAGGACGACUUCUAAUCAAAACCUGACCCUCUGGAUUACAGACGCCUCGUUUUAGCAGGAAAAGGCUUGGAUUGGAUUGGAUAUAUUUAUGUGACUGCGGGCAUUCGUGGCUGUAGAGUCCUUGACCAUAAUGUUAUAUGUAAUGGGAACUAUCUUGUAAACUUGAAAAAAAAUAAAUAAAGUUUUUAUUUUCUAUACA